AUGAAGUUUAUGAAACUUGGAUCCAAGCCUCAUUCCUUUCAGACUGAUGGGAACAAAGUUAGAUGUGUGGCUACUGAACUGGCAACAGACAUUGUGAUUCAUGUAGGGAAUGUGAAGUUUUAUCUGCACAAGUUCCCUCUUCUGUCGAAAAGUGCACGUCUACAGAAGUUGGUUUCUUCAUCGGAUGAAGGAAAUAGUGAUGAAAUCCUCAUUCAUGACAUUCCAGGCGGUUCCAGUGCCUUUGAAAUAUGUGCCAAGUUCUGUUAUGGAAUGACUGUUACCCUAAAUGCUUACAAUGUUGUUGCUGCACGCUGUGCAGCAGAGUAUCUAGAAAUGCAUGAGACGAUUGAAAAAGGAAACCUCAUUUACAAGGUUGACGUUUUUCUCAACUCAAGCAUUUUCAGAAGCUGGAAGGACUCUAUAAUAGUACUUCAGACGACGAAUUCUCUAUUACCAUUGUCCGAGGAACUGAAGUUAAUCAACCACUGCAUCGAUGCUAUUGCUUCAAAGGCCUCUGUCGAUGUUUCCAGAGUGGACUGGUCCUAUACCUAUAACAGAAGAAAGCUCCCCGAGGAAAAUGGGAAUGAUCACAGCUGGGAUGGUGUCAGACGCCGAAUGGUGCCAAAUGAUUGGUGGGUUGAGGACUUGUGUGAUCUUGAAAUAGAGUUAUAUAAGCGGGUUAUUGUUACCAUUAAAACCAAAGGAAUUAUAUCUAAUGAAGUGAUUGGAGAAGCUUUGAAAGCUUAUGCUUAUAGAAAGCUGCCAGGCUCUAGCAAGGAUGUUAUGCAAUAUAAUUAUUUUUCAAAGCUUCGCCCAUUAUUGGAUACAAUUUUUUAUCUUUUGCCUGCAGAAAAGGGCAGUGUCUCAUGUAGUUUCUUGCUGAAAUUGUUAAAAGCAGCCAUUUCUCUCAAUUCUGGAGAAAUGGUAAAGGAAGAACUGAUAAAAAAAAUUGGGCAGCAAUUGGAGGAGGCUUCUGUGAAUGAUCUGUUAAUUCGAGCUCGCGAAGGGGAGCCGUCUGUGUAUGAUGUCCAACCAGUCCAGAAAAUACUUGAAGAAUUCAUGAUGCAAGAUCAGAAUGCAAAAACUGAAAUAGGAAAUGAGGAUGAGAUUCAAGAAAUUAGAAGGCAGGGGAUCUUAUCGGAAGCUUCAAAGCUUAUGGUGGCAGAGCUAAUUGAUGGUUACGUAGCCGAGAUUGCAAAGGAUCCUAACCUACCUUUGUCAGUGUUCAUUGGUAUCGCAGAGAUGGUUUCUAGCUUUUCUCGACCGGUACACGAUGGCCUUUAUGGGUCAAUCGACACGUAUCUCAAGGUGCACCCUGGGAUCAGCAAGAGCGAGAGGAAGAGGAUAUGCCGGUUGUUUGACUGCAAGAAACUCUCAGCAGAUGCAUGCAUGCAUGCAGUGCAAAAUGAGAGACUUCCUUUGCGCGUAGUAGUCCAGGUGCUGUUUUUCGAGCAAGUUCGAGCUUCUGCAUCAUCCGGCAGCAGUACUCCCGAUCUACCUAAAGCUAUUAAAGACCUCAACCGUGCCUCCUAUGGGAGCUCAAGGUCUGCUACGACUAAUGCAGAUGAAGAUUGGGAUGCUAUGGCUUCUGCUGCAGAACUUAGAGCCUUAAGAGGGGAGGUGGCUGCCUUGAGAGUGGAGAAUGGAGUAGUGCAUGAGAGAAAUUAUGGAGAUAAUAAGAUAAAUUCUGACAAGGCUGCCAUUAGUAAAAUGAAAGGGCUAAUUACAUCGAAGAAAAUAUUUUCCAAAAAAUGGUCGAGCAAAUCGGGACAGGCGACUGAGAAUAGCGGUUCGGAUUCUUCAGAAAGUCUUGGAUCUACCAACCUCGAUGAAGCCAAGUCGAUGACCAUAAGAAGAGGGAGGCAGUCUGUUACUUAG